UUUAGGUUAGGUAUCCGUCAAACCCACGACCGAUCCUUUCAAAAUUUGGUUAAAAGCUUGGACCAUAUGCGCUCAUAGAUUUUACCAUUAAUUAUGGUAAUUGCUAACAAAAUGCAACUCUCCGCCGAAGAAAAAUAUGACCUAAUCGCCCGCAACCUGCAAGAAGUGCUUGGGGAGGAAAAAAUUAAGACUAUACUUAAGGAACGCGAUUUGAAGAUCUAUUGGGGAACGGCAACUACUGGCAAGCCUCACGUCGCUUACUUUGUUCCAAUGUCAAAGAUAGCGGAUUUCUUAAGAGCCGGAGCCGAGGUUACCAUCCUCUUCGCCGACUUACACGCGUAUCUGGACAAUAUGAAGGCUCCGUGGGAACUUCUAGCUUUAAGAGUGCAGUAUUACGAGCAUUCGAUUAAGAGUAUGCUUAAGUCGAUCGGUGUAUCGAUUGAUAAGUUAAAGUUUGAGAAGGGUACCAACUUCGAAUUGUCUAAGGAGUACACUUUGGACGUUUAUCGACUGGCUUCGGUGAUCACCGAGCAUGACGCGAAAAAGGCGGGCGCCGAAGUUGUUAAGCAAGUUGAUCAUCCUUUGGUUAGCGGACUAUUAUAUCCAGGGUUGCAGGCUUUAGAUGAGGAGUACUUAAAGGUAGACGCACAAUUCGGCGGCGUGGAUCAAAGGAAAAUUUUCACUUUCGCCGAAAAGUAUUUGCCACAGUUGGGGUAUCAAAAACGGGCACACCUAAUGAACCCAAUGGUACCGGGAUUGACCGGCACGAAAAUGUCGUCGUCCGAAGACGAAAGUAAAAUCGAUUUGUUAGAUCCACCCGCAAGUGUAAAAAAGAAACUUGCGAAGGCCUUCUGUGAGCCGGGUAACGUCGAGAAUAAUGGCAUAUUGUCGUUUACCAAGCACGUCAUUUUUCCCUUGUUUAAGUCUGACGAGAAGUUUGUGGUGGUGCGAAAUGCCGAGAAUGGAGGUAGCUUGAUGUUUGAUACCUACUCUGAACUGGAGGAGUGUUUUAAGAUGAUGAAGCUACAUCCGGCAGAUUUGAAGACGGCGGUUGAGGGUUAUAUUAAUAGGCUUUUGGAGCCAGUUAGAAAAACUUUUGAGGAUCCCGUCUUGAAGAAAUUGGUUGAAAAGGCGUAUCCGGUCGCGAAGAAGCAAAAGUCGGUUGCGAAUGAUGAUGUGAUCACACCCGCCCAUUUGGAUAUCAGAAUUGGUAAAAUCGUCGAAGUUUCCAAACACCCCGACGCAGACAGUUUAUACGUUGAAAAAAUCGAUCUGGGCGAGGAUAAGCCACGAACCAUCGUCAGUGGUCUAGUAAAUUUCGUACCAAUUGAUGAAAUGCAAAAUCGCAUGGUAGUCGUCCUGUGUAAUUUAAAACCGGCAAAAAUGAGGGGCAUCGAAUCCCAGGGAAUGGUGCUCUGCGCUUCUGUCGACGAACCGAGGCAAGUUGAACUUUUGGAGGUACCCAAGGAGGCGGUCAUAGGCGAACCGGUGUUUAUCGAAAAUUACGAAGAGGAAAAACCGAAGGAGAUCUUAAAUCCAAAGAAGAAGAUUUGGGAGAAACUGCAGGUCGAUUUAAAAACCAACGGCGAUUAUGUAGCGCAGUGGCAAGGCAACAAUUUAAUAACGAAAAGUGGAGGGAUUUUUAAAUCAAAAUCUUUAAAAAAUGCUCCUAUUAAAUGAUGUUGAUUCAUUAUCUCUGUAAUUAAAUAAACUUUUAUAAUUUCAAA